ACAAAGGAAAAAGGAAGGAGGCGGAGUAGCGCUGAUGUUCCAUUGCUCGGAGCGGCGCUAAUCGUGUUCACACUGACCGGCAGCAUGGCAGGAGAAAGCGAGGCCGAUCUGGAGCAGCGUGAACCCGAGCACACACACACCAUCCGACAGCCUUUCCUCAUCGGGGUGGCGGGGGGCACUGCCAGCGGAAAGUCAUCUGUGUGUGGUAAGAUUAUGGAGCUUCUUGGCCAGAAUAAAAUUGACCACCACCAGCGGCAGGUUGCCAUCCUGAGUCAGGACAGUUUCUACAAAGUUCUUACCCCAGAACAAAAAGCCAAGGCUCUUAAAGGACAGUUCAACUUUGAUCACCCAGAUGCAUUUGAUAAUGAGUUAAUAGUUAAGACUCUGUGGGACAUCGUGGAGGGAAGAACAGUUCAGAUCCCGGUCUAUGACUUUGUAACCCAUUCCAGAAAAAAGGAAACAGUGACAGUGUACCCAGCUGACGUGGUGCUGUUCGAAGGCAUUCUUAUGUUUUAUUCGCAGGAAAUCCGGGAUCUCUUCCAAAUGAAGCUGUUUGUAGACACAGACGCUGAUACACGACUAUCUCGCAGAGUCUUGCGUGACAUCAGUGAGAGAGGACGGGACCUGGAGCAGGUCUUGAGUCAAUAUAUCACAUUUGUGAAGCCUGCGUUUGAAGAGUUUUGCCUGCCAACAAAAAAGUAUGCUGAUGUGAUCAUCCCAAGGGGAGCUGAUAAUCUAGUUGCCAUUAACCUGAUUGUGCAGCACAUCCAGGACAUUCUGAAUGGUGGCUUGACCAAGCGACUGAACGGUUGUCUUAAUGGCCACACUACUCCUCGCAAGCGGCAGCCAUCAGAGUCAAGCAGCAGGCCACACUAAUAGACCCUACAAGAGAACUGAAGAAGAGUGGCAAUGGACAAAGGACUUGAAGAACAGUUCUGUGUAUAUACUGACAAUUUGCAAACUGUAUUUAAAACAAAGAAAAAAAAAUCAAGAAAUGCCUUCUUUGAUUUGCUAGUGUUACUGUUUUUUCUUUUUGUUUGUUUGUUUUGAAUGACUGCUGCACUUAUUAGUGAGGAAGCAAAUGUUCCUUGCUGAAAACAAUUGGUCGAAACAAUUUUCCUGUCCUAUUAAUUUAUUCAUUUGUGCAUUUUGUUCAUCUGGCCCCAGAUUAUGAGUAUUUAAAAAAAAAAAAAAAAUUGUAUGGGUCACUUCAGAAUUUGCCAAAGGCCAUAGCUGAUAAAGACCUGAGUUUUAUGACUUGAAUUAAACAAAAAACUUCAACAUAUUUACAAGAUUAAAGUACAACUUCUGUCUGUUUGUAUUAAUUUAAUUGCUUCCAAAGCAUUUCAGCAUUUCUGUGUUUUAUGUUAGUUAUUCCAAGAGCAAUGUGACUAGAUUCUAAGAAUAAUUGUUUUAAUACUUAAUUUUUGCUAACCUCCAUUUUUAUUAUAAGUAAAUCAGGGUUCGUAUUGUAUCUUGCACUGUAAAAUAAAUCUCAGUGCCAUGUAAGGAAGAGUAUGUUAAGAUGAUAGAGAUACUUCAAAGAGAAGUUUAGAUGAUCUCCAGGUCCUAUGCAGCAUGUCAAAAAACAGGUUCUCUUAACACAGCUUAAAGUAUAUGCAUAUUCAGUAAAGAAACCACAAACUCAUAUUAGUUGGUCUGCUCUAUUCAAUGUAGUACUUUUACACCUUCCAAACAACACUCAUACUGAUGAUAAAUUGCAAAAAAAAAAAAAAGAUUGUGAAUUUUUAUUUUGAAAUUUAUUUCUGUAAUAAAGUUUUUUUAAUUGUCAGCUAUAAAUAUAAGCACAGACUAUGAUAGCUUUUUACUCAGUAUGUAUGUUUAUUUAACCCAAAAAAAAUUGUCGGCAAAUCUAUUUAGUCAUUUUGCGGAAGGAAACACUGGUUCGGUUUUCUCUUUAACUCAGGAUCCAGUGUCUUUCAUUUCCUUUUUUUACAAGGGCUCAUUGAUAUGGACCUCUUCUGAGAGUAUUUUUCUGUCUAGACUAUAACAGACUUUGUUUUAUAUUUAUUAUUAUUUCUAAUUAUAUUACUUUCAGAAAUGAAUCAGUACUGUAGAUGUUCCUGCAUGGUCUUUUCUGUCCUGACAUACUUCCACUUUUUUCCCCCUGUUACACAUCUAUACCUACACUGCUGCUAUGUUACAGGGUAACUGGCAAAUGGCUGAAUAGUGUAAUGCAAUUUUAUUAUAAAAAUGAUGUGGUGAUAUAAGCAAGAGAAUUUAUGUUUCUGUAAUUUUAGGAGGCUGCAGUUCAAUAAAACAUGCGCUCUGCUCUCAGGGCCAAAUAGCAAGUCA